CAAGCACAUUAUCUUUUUCCUGCUUUCAUCCCGUACUUCAUUUCUGAAUAUUUUUCAUUUCUGUGCAACCACAGGGUCCAAAAUGCAGCUAGCAAAGUACCUGCUCUUAUCAGCUAAUUUCUGACGUUCCUCAAUUCCUUGUUUACCGUUUACCAUAUUUUCCUGACACACUCUUCAUUUUGGUUCACCUUCAUCUUUGAUUUUAAUCUCAUCAAUUUCAAAAUGAAGAUUCUGGGUGGAGGGUCUCUUCAACUUGUCUAUGCAUUCCUGAUUUUACUGCAUAUGCAAUCUUCUAUUGGAGUCAGUUCAACAAUUGCUGGUGAUGAAGUUAGGUGCAUAGAGAUCGAAAGACAAGCGCUUUUGGCAUUUAAGCAAGGUCUGGUUGACGAAUGUGGCUGGCUUUCCUCAUGGGGCAGUGAAGAGGAGAGAAAGGAUUGUUGCAAAUGGGAAGGAGUUCAAUGUAGCAACACAACUGGACACAUCACUGUGCUUAAUCUAACUGCAGAGCUUGAGCACGGUUGUUAUCUUUGCUUGAGAGGUAACCUUAGUCCUUCCCUAUUUGAGUUGCAGCAUUUAACUUAUUUAGGCCUCGCUGGAAAUGAUUUCAACUUUAGUUGCAUUCCAGAGUCUAUCGGCUUGCUCAACAAAAUACAACAUCUUGAUCUCAAUUCUUGUAAUUUAAGUGGAUCUCUUCCUAGCCAGCUUUCAAACCUCACGAGUUUGCAAUAUCUUGAUCUUAGCUUUAAUAACUUCAACAAUAUCAAAAAUCUUGAAUGGCUCUCUUAUCUUUCUUCUUUAAAAUACAUUGAUUUGGGCGGAAACGACCUUGGAAAGUCCAUCCCCAUGAUUAAUACGUCUACUUUUCUCACUCACCUUGAUCUAGGAAACAACAAUUUGACUUCCUCCACAUUCCACUGGUUGUUCAAAUUCAGCAAGAGCCUUGUUUAUCUCGACCUGUCUUCUAAUCAGUUUCAAGGUUUGAUUCCAGAAAAUCUAGAUCUCUAUGGGAACCAAUUUGGAGGGAUUCCAAAGUCCUUUGGAAACUUGUGCAAAUUAAGGUACCUAGACCUAUCUUAUAACAAUCUGGACGGAAUGCUUCCUGAACUCAUUGGUAACUUAUCUGGAUGUCUACAACUCUCCUUGGAAGAAUUGGAUUUGCAUGAAAAUAAAAUCAAGGGACCCCUGCCUGAUAUGAUAAAAAACUUAAUGUCACUGCGACGGUUGUAUCUUUACAACAACCAACUAAGCGGUACUGUGCCCAAAAGUAUUGGACUCCUGUCAAAGCUUGAAUUGUUAGAUAUUUCUUCCAAUUCUUUGAAUGGGAUGAUCACUGAAUCACACUUCUCAACACUAUCUAGGUUACGGGGCUUGUACAUGUCUUUUAAUUCUCUGAGCUUCAACUUUACCCCUGAUUGGAUUCCUCCAUUCCAGUUAAAUGGGAUAGAACUUGUGUCAUGCAAGUUGGGCCCAAAGUUUCCAAGCUGGUUGAAGACCCAAAGGAAAUAUUCUUAUCUUGAUAUCUCUGGAAAUGGGAUUUUUGAUGGCAUCCCAAAGUGGUUUGGGAACCUAUCUUCUAGGGCAAUUCAUGUGAAUCUUUCUUCCAACCAUAUCUAUGGAAUUUUGCCAGAUUUGUCAACUACAAAAUUUGCUAAUUCUCUUGGCCUUGGGAUAGAUCUGAGUAAAAAUAAAUUGGAUGGUCCAUUACCAAUAUUCCUUAUUAAUGUUUCAUCCAUAAACCUAUCAGAAAAUCGGUUCUCUGAGUCAAUUUCUUCUCUGUGCACCAUAAUUGCUGGGAAACUUGAUCUCCUUGAUGUUUCGCACAAUCAACUAUCUGGAAAGCUUCCUGAUUGCAUGAUGCAAUGGACAAGUUUAGCGAUUCUGAAUUUGGCCAAUAAUCAUUUAUUUGGGAAAAUUCCAAGCUCUAUUGGAUAUUUGCAUCGUCUUGAAUCGUUGGGUUUGCAAAACAACAAUUUCUCUGGAGAAAUACCUUUGUCUCUAGGAAAUUGCAGUGCCUUGCAAUUUUUGAACUUAAAUAAUAAUAGCUUCUUUGGAAAAAUACCAACUUGGAUUGGAGAAAGGCUAAGUUCACUAAUUUUCCUUCUCCUGAGGUCCAAUCAUUUCAGUGGAGACAUCCCCUUGAAGCUAUGCUGGUUGAAAAAAAUGACGCUGCUAGACCUCUCCAACAACAAUCUAUCUGGAAACAUACCAUCGUGCAUCCAGAAUCUGACCACAUUAGCCCAAAAGGAGAGUUCAGCCAUUGAUUAUUCUUUUGCAGAUUCAUAUGAUGAUAGUAACGGCUUUUACGUAGGACACUAGGUCGACAAAGCAUCUGUAAUGUGGAAAGGAAUGGAGCGUGAUUAUGACAAUGGAAAUCUCAAGACUCUAAAGAUUAUUGAUCUUUCAAGCAACAAAUUAACAGGAAAGAUUCCAGUCCAGGUAUCUGUUCUCUCGGAACUGGUUCAAUUGAACUUAUCAAGAAAUCAGUUGACGGGAU